CCGCUCGACAUCUCCGAGUGUGCGACGUACGACGACCUAGUGCGCAGCAUGGCGCAGCUGCACACAGAAUCCGACCAACUGACGAGCCAACUCAAGACACUCUACGACUCUCAGAUCUCGCCGCUGUCGUACUCGCUCCAGCGGCUCGAUAUCCUCGGCGCGGGUCUGACGGGUCCGCAGACGGGCGCGCGAGAGCUGAUUGGGAUGCUUUCGGACGCGUCGUUUGUGGCCUCGAGGAUUUCGCAAAAGGUCAGGCAGCUUGAUACCGAGCAAGGGCGGGUGCAGCAGAGUUUAGAGUAUGUUGAGAAAACGCAGGAUCUGAGGUCGGCGAUCAUUGGCAUCUACGACGCGACGCAGGUGCGGGAUUGGGAGUCUGUUGCGCAGCAUAUCAAUCGGGCGUCGCGGCUGCCGCCCGAGCUUGUGGCGGGGAAGUUUGCAGAGGCGAUGGUGCCGACGGAGGAGAAUCCCGAGAGUCCGAGUGUUGCGCUCAAGAACGCGACAGAGUCGUUUGGCAGCCUGUUUUUGCGCGAGUUUGAGAGCGCGGCGAAGGUGAAGGAUGUGGAAAAGAUUACGAGGUUUUUUAAAUUGUUCCCGCUGAUUGGGAAGGAGCAGGAGGGGUUGGAUGUCUAUGCGAAGUUUGUGUGUAUGAUAAUCGCUAGUCAGAGUCGGCAGUUGAUGAGCAGCAAGAGUGAGUCAUUAUUUUGGCAUGGCACUAACGGGCAUUUAGUUGAGGGACCGUUAUUCUUUGGCAUGGUGAUUUCACGCCUAUUUGAAAACAUUGCGACGAUAGUAGACCAGCACACCCCGAUAGUCGAGCGGUACUACGGCCGAGGCAAGAUGCAGCGCGUGAUUGAGCGGAUCCAGAACGAAGCCGAUACGCAGGGCGGCAUCAUCGUCGACACCUACUUUGACGACCGGCAUAUCAACCGUCGCCUGUCUGAGAUCAAAAGCUACGCGUUCAGUUUCCUCGUGCAGAGCUUCAUGCCGACCGGGAUGGGAAUCGGGAUCGGCAUGCGCUCUGUGAGUCCUGCGGUGCCGUCGGACGCAGGGAUGACCUCGUCGGGGUCGUCGGGGAUAAAUGUGCAAGACAUCGACACGCUGCUGAACGAGUGCGGAGUCAUGAUCGGUCGGUGGAGUCUGUACUGCAAGUUCCUGGCGGUGAAAUGGUGGAGCCAGGCGCCGGCGGAAUUUGAAGAAGACGGCAAGACGCCAAAGAAGAUUGGCGCGACGGCGCUCAAGAUGCCGCCGUUUCUUCCCGAAAGCAAAUUAUACGGGAAGAUGAAUAACCGGGUGGCGCCCGCGUUCGAGUCGAUGGCGACCUUUUUCUUUCGCCGGUCGGUCGAGAAAGCGUUCCAGCUCGACGAGCCACCGAGUCUGUCGCGGCUGCCCCCCGAGCCAUCUGCUGCGUCGCCGCUGAUCACGUCCGCGAUCGACGACGUGAUGUACGUGCUCAACGCGGUCCUCGAACGGACGGUAUCGACCGGCCACCCGCAUCUGAUCCGGAACGUGGUGUCGAACGUGCGGCGGGUGCUCGAGUCAGAUCUGGUGGGCAUGAUCCAGCGCAAGAUGCGGGACGAGUCGUACCCGCGCGCGCCGUCGACCAGCUCGUCGUCAUCGUCCGCGAACGGACACUCGGCCGCGCUGCCGCCGGAUGAGAAAGUGAACUCGUUCUUGGUGCUGCUGAAUAACCUCGCGGUCGCGACGGAGUACAUCGACCGUAUAAUCGAGACCGUCGUGGGCACGUGCGGCGACGGGAAGGUGGUCUCUGUGUUUCCGUUCGGGGACGACCAUGAGCAAGUCAUUUUAUCGCUGCGGGGCCUGUCGCAUUCGUUUGAGACGCGCGUUAAAGAGCUUUUGACAGACGGGAUCCAGGUCGUGUACGUGCAAGUGAUCAAACCCCGCCUACGGUCUCUUCUCGGGGAAGCCUUCCGCGACGCGACGUAUCUGCCACAAGGCUCCGCGGGCGAGGACGCCGAAGACUCGCUCUCGCAGCAACAAGCUGAUCUAGUCCGUCUCCGGUUCGCGUACGGCUGGGACGCGAUGAUGCAUCCGAUCCGCCGGAUCCUGACGGAGAAGAACUACUCGCGCCUGCUCGCAGUCACGAGCGAGCAGCUUUCGGGGAUGCUCGAGCGGCGCGUGUGGGGCAUGUCGGGCCGGGUGAACGAGUUGGGCGCGAUUCAGCUUGAGAGGGACGUGGCGGGCGUGAUUUCGCACGUGUCGCAGGGCAAGUGGUAUUUCCUGCGGGAGCGGUUCGUGAGGGUUGCGCAGCUGGUGAUGGUGCUGGGGAUGGAUGAGAGUGAGUUGGAGGCUGGGGGGAUCGAGUGGGUGUUGUCGGAGGAGGAGAGGAGGAGGGCG